ACGCCUUCUUUCUCAAGCUACUCAUAGCUAGCAUGGCUGCUAACUGGUCCUAAAUGCUACUUAAUGUUAGCCAACUUGGAAUAAGUGGGCGGUUAAUGUUCAUAUUUUGGCCUCGGACUGGCGUCAGAUGAUUUUAUUGAAUAAUAUGUUCUCAUUGAAAGUAACACACAUGUCCCUAAAUUAGCCAGUGUCAUACUCCGGGCGGUCAGCUGUCAAGCUAGCUUGUUGUUCCUAUUGUUUACAUAGCGGCCAUUGUUGACGUGUUAUGACCGGACCAAGAUGGCGGCGGGAACGGCAACCAUUGAUCUCACGUCAUAAACGCAGGGGUCAGCAACCCAAAAUGUUGAAAGAGCCAUAUGGGCGAGGGCGGACCUACGUCACUUCCGCCCUCCAAUCCCCUAGCAACGCGGUCGCCAUAUUGAAUUCGUUGAAAACAAACCAGCUCACAGCGAACACAGCAUUGACAGAAAAGGCAUUUAACGAGGUUUCACGGCAUUUUAAACUGUUCUAAAUGGCGUAUGAUUAUGUAAAUAGUAUUUCCAGUGAGGCUAGGUUAAGAUACGAGUUAAAAUGUUCUGUAGUUGGAUUAAACGACUGCCCUUACCGCCUUCCAGCAGAUGCGUGGACUGAUAAUCCUACACAAUGGCCGGACAUGGAAUUUGGAAAUCUUUAUGUCUACCUCACAAGCGCACCAGUGUGCAGCCCUCAGUGGAGAAAGUUUGGACAGCCCUGGUCUACGGCCUGGUCCAUGGACAUGAAGAUGUGUGGGAUUAAGAGGAAAGAAGACACGUCUGUGUGACCUGACAAAAGGACAAUUCGUGCACAAGCGAGUGGAAGAUCACAUUUUGUCACGUUGGGACGAUGUGUCGAAUAUUCCUCAUUAUCAGUCUGGUGGGCUGGACGAGAUGUCAGGAGAACCAGCACAUGACGGCGGAGGAGAAGAGCAUCAUCAGGGAUCGUGUCGUUGAGAUGUUCGAUCAUGCUUACGGGAGUUACAUGAAAUACGCCUACCCGGCUGACGAGCUGAUGCCGCUGAGCUGCAAGGGCCGGGUCCGCGGCCAGGAGCCCAACCGAGGCGACAUCGACGACUCCUUGGGGAAGUUUUCCCUCACGCUGAUCGACACACUGGACACCUUGGUGGUGCUGAACAAGCUGGACGAGUUUGAAGACGGCGUGAAGAAAGCCGUGACAGACGUACGCCUGGACAACGACGUGGUGGUGUCCGUGUUCGAGACCAACAUCAGAGUGUUGGGGGGCCUCCUGGGGGCCCACGUGAUGGCUGACCUGCUGCGUCAGCGCGGCGUGAGGAUGCAGUGGUACAAAGACCAGCUCCUGGACAUGGCCACAGAGCUGGGCCACAGACUCCUGCCUGCUUUCAACACCUCAAGUGGUCUUCCUUACCCCAAGGUUAAUCUGCGUUAUGGUGUGCAAAACCCACUCUCACGCACGGGCACAGAGUCGGACACAUGCACCGCCUGCGCGGGCACAAUGAUACUGGAAUUUGCUGCCCUGAGCAGACUGUCAGGAGAAACUGUCUUUGAGGAGCACGCUCGCAAAGCUCUAGAUGUCCUGUGGGAGCGCCGACAGAGAGGAAGCGACCUGGUGGGGACCGUCAUCAACAUCCAUAAUGGAGAAUGGGUCAGACGGGACAGCGGCGUCGGUGCCGGCAUCGACUCGUACUAUGAAUAUCUGAUGAAGGCCUACAUCCUUCUCGGGGACAGGGUUUAUCUGGACAGGUUCAACACCCACUACAGCGCCAUCAUGAAGUACAUCAGUCAGCCCCCCCUGCUGCUCAACGUGCACAUGCACAACCCCACGGUGAGCGCACGUGGCUGGAUGGACGCUCUGCUGGCCUUCUUCCCCGGCCUACAGGUCUUGAGAGGAGACCUGAAACCAGCCAUCGAGACCCACGAGAUGCUCUAUCAAGUCACCAAGCAGCACAAGUUUCUCCCCGAGGCUUUCACCACCGAGUUCCGCGUUCACUGGGGCCAACACCUCCUGAGGCCAGAGUUUGCAGAAAGCACCUACUACCUCUACAAGGCCACUGGCGACCCCUACUACCUCAGGGUGGGACAGUCCAUCGCCGAGAAACUCAACGCUUACGCCAGAGUGCCUUGUGGCUUUGCCGCCGUGCAAGACGUUCGCACUGGGACGCACGAAGACAGGAUGGACUCCUUCUUUCUGGCAGAGAUGUUCAAAUACUUGUACCUGCUGUUCACGGAGAAGACGCAGCUGCCCAUCGACAUUGACGACUACAUCUUCACCACGGAAGCCCACCUGCUGCCCGUGUCGCUCUCCACCACGCAGCCAUCUUGUCACGGCAACACAACGGAGAGUCCCGGCGGCGCCCAGGAAGACGAGCCCUUCACGCACACGUGUCCCAGCACCGAGUCCUUGUUCCCCAACAACCCGUCCUUCGCCAAGAGCAUCCGGGACAGCUACAAGUACCUGACGGGCGUGGGACGAGCUGUGCACCCCUCACCUGCCAGGGAGGCGGACUUCCCGCUCCACGAUGGCGGCAUGGAGCCUUUGGAGUUCUUGAAGACCAUGGGCAUCUCUCUCACGCCACUGGGUGACCUGAGCACAGGAGAGGGCCGAAAGGCGCUGAAGGGAGUGUACCGGGUCCAGCUGGUGGCCAAGGUCAGCUCCACGGCGCCGCAGGAGGAGGAGAGGGAGGUGCUGCCUCACGCCGUGCAGCUGAUAUCGCCUCCUUUCCUGGGCAGGACCGUGCUCACCGCUGCACCCGCCAACUUUGGGCUGGACCUGACCACAAGGGAGCAUGGUGUGAAGGGCAGCCUGGCCAAGGCGCGUCCCUACACGGCCUGCGCUCCGAUCCAGAACCCAGCUGAGGUCCGAGGCCACAUCGCCCUGGCGCUGCGCGGCGACUGCACGUUCGCCGCCAAAGCUCGCCGGCUCCAGGAGGCCGGCGCCACGGGAGUCAUCUUCAUCGACCAGCGAGCAGGAAGCAGCAGCCAGGAAACGCCGCUCUUCCAGAUGGUGGGCGACGGCGACUCGGACUCGGAUGCGGGCGUCACCCUGCCUCUGGUGUUCCUGUUCGGCCGCCAGGGCGCCGUGCUCACCGCCGCCUUGGAGGAGCAUCAGAAGGUGGACGUGCUGCUGGCGCCCAGAGACAAGCAGCUGGCAGCAGGCAAGGGGGACCAAGGCGCGGCCUUCCACGUCAAACUGCCACCGGCUCAGGAAGAAGUUCUCCCGGACCGAGCAGAGGAGCUCACAGGAGAACCAGGUCGCUGUGGAGAAGACCCAGAUCUUUGACCGGGACCAGACUCGUCUAGGCGGACCUCCCCGAGUCCUUCCCGGGAAGCUCGCCUGCGUUGUUACGCAAUCCACCUUGCACCUUUUUCCAAGACACUAUUAAUAAUCCGAACAAGGUUGGCGACAACAAAGAUUUGACUUUGAGCUGAGAAGCAACUUCAGGGAAUUUUUAGUGCGUGACUUUGACUCUUUUGUCCCCGCGGGAUCACGGAACAUUCCACAAAUCUGGACUUUUAAAAAAUAAAAAAUAUAUAUAUAUAUUAUUUUUGCACAUCUUCCCCACUACAGUCGCUUCUAAACAUGUGCAAUUAUAAAAAAAUUUAUUAAUAUUAAUGGUAUUAUUUGCAAUAUUGUGUUGAGGAUGAAGGCCCAAAAAAAUGCAAUUGUGAGAAUAAACUUGAAAUCUUUAGAGGAAAAUGUCGAAAUAUAAUUCUGGGUAAAUAUUUUUGAAAAAUUUGUGGGAAAAUAUCCAAUUCCUGCAAUUUUUUAAAAAACGCAUUCACAUCAUUUAUUGAUUGAUGUUAUUUUUAUCUAACACUUCUCAGUGCGGCCCUCAUUCUAACAGCAGGGGCGUCCUAACUUCUGCCACUGGGGGCCAUUUUGAAAUAUUUUCUUUUCAGGUUUGACUUAGCAUAUUAGUUGUUAAAUUUCAGCUUUUUGUCAUAACAUGGGCUUUUUUUUUUUUUUUUUUUUUUUU